AUUUUCAGUUGGUCAGGAGUAAGUAUUAUUAUUGAUGCAAUGUUUUCACAUUCAUAUAUCCUAUACAACACUAUCUGACUAUGGAAGAGAAUUCAGAUUUGACGGAGGCAUUGGAGAAUGAUUUUGAUAAACAUCAUGUUGAAAAGUUGGCUUUGAAAGCAUAUGAACGUAGAAAAUAUGAAGAAGCAGCAAAUUAUUUCACAGAACUGACAACUAAAAGUGAACAUAAGGAUGUCGAGUGGUACAUUAAGAGAUGUGAUUGCUAUCAACAUCUUAACAUGGAUGCAGAGGCAAUACAUGAUGCUAAUAUGGUGGUGAAUUUACAUCCAGAAAGCUAUAAAGGUUACAGUCUUCUUGGAACAUUGAAUCAAAUCCAAGGUCAUUAUGAUGAAGCAUUAUUUUGUUAUUUUGAUUGUCUUGAAAUCUUAUGGCUUGAGGGAUCUGCACCUGAUCAAAUUGUUGACAACUGUAUAAAAGAUAUUAUAAGAUCUGCAAGACCAGUUUCGGAAUUACCAAGCAAUAUCGGAGAGCAAAGUAUACUAACCCAAUUAUACAUCCUUGGCAAUAGUUUACGACGUGAAGUUCAACAUACACUUGCUAUUCGAUCAAUGGAGGUUGCUUUGUUAGUUUAUGAAAGAACAAAAAUGAAACUGCCUGCAGGCAGGGCUGAUAGUUCGACAAAACAAGAUCAUGUUAAAGAUGAUAAUAUAGAAGAAAAAGGAAAAUCAAAGAUGGACGAAGAUGAAAUGAACGAAUCAUUGAAAAUGAAAAUACAUUUUGUACUGGCACAAAGUCAGCAAGGAAUUGGAAAGUUUGCUGAAUCGAUUGAAAAUUUCAAGAUGAGUUCAAGUGUUGCUCUAAGAAUUGGAGAUGUAUCUUAUGAAACAAAGACGUACUUACAUUUAUCAACAUUAUGUUUGGAUCAUGAUAGGCAUGCUGAAGCAGCUUCCUAUUAUAUAAAAUUACUUGCUGUUGGACGUGAUGUGUUAUCUGCAGUUGGGGAUGAUCAAACUAAGUUCAGGGAACAUUGGUCAAUGGAAAUGGAAGCAAGCAUUCUGUUGAAUCUGUGUAUUGCGUUUAAAUCAUUGAGAUUGUAUGAUGAAGCACUCAUAUAUGCUGAAAGAUAUGAUUCAUUGAUUGGUCUAAUCAAUGCCAGUCCCACUCCAACACCAGAUGUGAUUGGAUUUGCAGGACAAUUUACUGAUGAUUUUCGACCAAAAUCUGUUCCAACUCUUGGUUUUAUGGAUUCCAUAUUUACGCAAAGAUCUGUUGAUUUAUCUGGAAUACUACAGUCCAAAUUUAUUCUUGGUGAUUUACAAGAGCUUAGAGGGGAUUUUGAAUCGGCAAUGAAAUAUUAUACAGAAUGGAUGAACUUGAGUCAGACAUUGGCUAAAGAUAAAACGAGCUUUGAAAAUCCAUUCCUCUUGGACACUGCUUCAGCUCUCUCAUGCCAAGGAAGUGUUUAUAUGAAACAAUUAAAACACAAAGAAGCAUUGGAAUGUUUUAAACAACAAUCAAAGAUUGCAAAAAUGACCAAAGUCCCACAACUUAUUAUGGAGUCAGCAUUAUCUCGAGGUGAUUCCUUAAUUUUGCUCGGAAGAAUCGAGGAAGCUCGUAAUGUUUUCAAUUAUGCUCAAAAAUUGAGUCGAUCGAUGGAAGAUUUGGAACCAGAAUGCAUGUGUAUGUGGAAGGUUGCAAGUGUUUUUGCAACUGAACAUCGUUUCACACAUGCUGCAUAUUAUUGUGAACAAGCUGUGGCAUUGGCAAACAAAUGUGGAAAAAGAUCUGUACAAAUGAAACUGAACUUUGAACUUGCUCUGUAUUAUCAAUACUCCAAUUCAUCAAAGGAACUUCAAAAAGCAGCGAAUAUCUUAUAUGAAAUGAUACAGUUUCAAGAAGAGCAUAUUUAUUCUCAUCGAAGCAAUGGAGGAAAGUAUUUCCAUGAAGAGGAGAAUAUGUUGGGAAAAUGCUAUAAUGCGAUGCAGGUGAUUCUCCAUAAAUUGGACCAGGCAGAGAUGUCAUUUGCUUUUGUUGAAGCAUACAGACGAAGAAAAUUUAUUCAGUUAUUCGAUAAACGACCUCAAAUUCCUGUGAUAUCGAUGUCUGCGAUUACUGAUGCUGAUCCUAAGAAAGAAAUGGCUGAACAACAAGAACAGGAAGAUACUGAUAAAGAAGAAUCUGAUUUGGAUUUGAUUAAUUAUCACAAUUUCAUUCCAACUUAUCUCCAGAAUGAUGCUGUUGUGCUGAGUUAUUCACUUCAUGAUGAAGGAUUUCUUGUACAACUAAUCAAUCCUGGUGAACAAGAAAUGAAAAGUUAUUUGUCCUCGACUUAUGAUAUAAAGCCAUUUUCUACUCGCCCCCGAAUUGAAGCUCUGGUUGAAAAACUCGGAAAAAUCACAGAAAAUAAAAAACUAAGAGACAUAUAUAAUUCUGAAACAAGAUGUCUUCCACAGUCUGCAACUCAUUUCAUUCCUGUUCCAAAGAUAAAAAAUAUUGAUCGAAUCGAUAAGGCGAACAAGGCUUUAGAAUCCGGUGAUCAUGGUGUUGUGAAAGAAAAAUCGAUAAAACCGGAGGAUGGCAGUGGAGAAGCAGUUGGAGAAGCUCAUAAUAGAAAGCAACUGUCUGUUUUGGAAGAACUCUAUGAGAUUCUAAUUCAACCUCUCGAUGAAAUGUUGAUGAAUUUUCAACAAAAUAAGCAUAUUAUAGUGAUCGCAGAUAAGGCUCUCAAGAAGAUUCCAUUUGAUUGUUUGAUCAAUCCAUCGUCAAAACGUUUGUUAGGAGAAAGAUUUAAUAUUACAAUUGCACCAUGCACUUAUUUGUUGUGCAAUCAACCAGAUGAUGGUCAUGACAGAAAUUUGUCACCAAAAACACACUCAUCAUUUUCCCAUAAAGAACCCAGUGUAAAACAGAAAUAUUCUCCUCGAUCAAAAUCUUCUGCCAGAAGUCAGAGAAAAAGUCCCAGGCCUACUUCUUCUAGGUCAACUCGGAAAUCUGUACAUGAUAAAGCUGUAAAAGAUUUCAGGCAUAAUGAAUUGCUGAAAUCAUUUGGUGAUGAAGAUUCACUUCAAGCUCUUGAUCUUUGUGGAUUUUCAUCAAGCAUUUCACGACUUGUUACUAAAACAGCUACCGGAACAAAUGUACUUACAUCACCAAGAUAUAUUCCUCCAUAUAAGCAAGAUUCAAAGAAGCAAAAAUGCACUGUGAUUGGUUGUCCAUCUUUGCCACUUUCUCUUCAUUACCAAGGUGAAAUAUGGAAUCCAAGGUCGAAACUACCUGUUGCUAUGAAAGAAUGUAAAAAGGUAUCAGAAUAUUUUGAUGUGAGUCCUAUACUAGGGGAUGAAGCAACAAAGCGUCGUUUCAUAGAAGAAAUCAAAACGUCUUCUAUUCUCCAUAUUUCAACAUUUGUAGACAUUAAUAAAGGAUUCAUUGCAUGGUCACCCGAUUCUUUCCCAAUCUCUGGUUCAAUUCCUGAUGAAGAUACAUAUUUGUUCAAACCGGAAGAUUUAAAAUUAUUGCAACUCGAUAAUCUGCAUUUAGCUGUGCUUCUUUGUGGUCAUGGUUGGCCUAACAUAACGUCAUCUGGUGACAAAGAAUCGAAUACAACACUGAAUUUACCAGCAAUGUUGUUAUCAGCAGGAGCUUCAUCUGUUCUUCACCAGUUGUGGAAUGUUCCAGACUUUGUUAUGGAAUUGUUUCUAUUUCAUUUCUAUGAUUCACUACAGGAUGGUAACCUUGUGUCAAAAGCAGUUGCCAAUGCUAAGGAAGCUGUUCGUAAGAAACAUUCCGACCCCAUAUAUUGGUCAGGUAUUCAGUUGUACGGAUCCGACGUUUUUGUCAAUCUAUCUGACAUCAGGACAUCACAACUUCAUACAUCUCUAGAUCUUGUGGAAGCCGAAAGCCUGAAUCCGAAAUGUACUGUUAAUGAAGUGAUAACACCAGAAAUUGCAUUGAAGAAUCUCCAGAUGAAGUUUUCACAAUUAUCAGGAAAUUUGAUUCCGAAAAGACCAAUUCCGCCUUACAUUGAAGCCAAAGAUGGACUUCCCCCUGGCCUUGGAGAAAAAAAUGUAACGAAACAUGAAGCACAUGAUCAUGAACAAUUGGGACCAACGAACCGUGAUGUUGUUGGAGCUCUUAUUGAACUAUUAGAAGAAGCAAUGGAUAGACUCACAGCGGACUCAAACACAGACCGUCCUGUAAUUAUAUUACCGGAGAUUAUCAGUAAUGCUGAAGGAGCUGUAGAUUUACUCUUGGAGCUCGGAUUCGAUUUCCAACCUGCAGAUGUACCACGACCACCUCCUGAUCUGACUUCUGCAUCUCCUUUCACCCCUGGUCAAGAGGUCACUGCCGUUGUGUUCCCUCAUUGGAACAAAGACGGGAUGUUAUUGCCUGCUCAUCAAGCUCUGACUGGAUUACAAGAUAUUUGUAGCAGUGAUACUGCACUUCAAUGUUUGGCCAGGAUUCUUCCGUUAUCACAAGCAACUCUAUGUUCUCUGAUUGAUUUGCUCGCUGUGACACGCCACACACCUGAAGUACAGUUGAGAGUACAUGAUGAUGGUGUUUCUGUAUUAUGGAGAAAUAGAUACAUCAGAAAAUAUCUUGAAGAGAUUGGUUUUAUGCAAGUUCAUGGACUUGCCGUAUUUUUUAAAAUAUCGAAACACAGAACUUUACUGAUUGCCAGCCUCCAGUUAUUUGCAUCUCUCUGUCUGCAUCGAGAUCAGAGUGUUUUAGAACAACUCAACAUCACUACAUUAGGUGAAUCACCAAAGAUGAAGAAUGAAGCUAAAAAAGUAGAUUUGUCGACUGUCAAACCGGUAAUCCUGCCAAGAAAGGAGGUUGUUCUAACUUCAUCAUGGAUGCAGAAGCAACCAGAUCAACAAGAAGAAAAAGAAAUUAAACAGUUUGCAGAGAAACUAUUUCAGGUGAAAUCAGAAUACAAAAGAUCUUUGGAACAUGCAAAAUGGUGGCAUAAGAAUUUGUUAACUCCCCAGGCUCAAAUCAAAUUGUCAGAGUAUGGUGUUGAAAAAGCUCCAAAGCAAAUAAAGAGAAAAGUUAAACCAGGAGCCACUCCUUCAUGUCAACGAGAAUCUGUAGGAGAUUCACCAGAACCACACAGUCGAGAUCCUUUCUACAAAGUUUUUAAUGAAUCGAUGCAGAAGCGAGAUUACGCAAAUUAUUUAUCAAGGAAACGAUACAAUGAAUUGGAUUUGAGAUAUAAAGCUAAAGUACAUGAAAUAUAUAGCCAUUAUGCUGUGAAUGGAUAACCGUUACGUGAUAAUGUUGUCAUAAUGAGAUUUUUGCUUCAACAUGAUAAACCACUCUUUUACAUGUCUUAUGAAUUUACGGAGCUCUACGGUGCACAACCUGAACAUAGUAUGUGUACCAGUUUAGGGUUCAGGUUGUGCGCCAUCUUGGUGCACAUACUUCGGGAGCGCCGAAAUUUACUGCCCACAUGAAAAAUUCUUUCACUGUUGUAGACCAGAGAUUUUUAACCAAAUCCUCAUUCUUACAUCCUGAAAAUUUAAAAAGUAAAGUUAACUAAUGCUGUAGGAUAAUGGAUGUAGAUUUUAGAAUGAUGGCAUUGAGCUUACUUAUUUGCAAUUGAAGUAUGAAACAAUGCUAUUUUUUUCAUUCAAAAUGAUAUGUAACAGACAAAAAUGUAAAUUUCUUGAUUGCAAAAUUUACCCAAAGGUAGAUCAAUUUACUCCAAAGGAGUAAGGUAACAAUACGCAUGUUUUUGACUCCAUGAAAUUUUUUUGGGGCUAUUUAGUUCGAAUAUUAAUAUUGUAGUUCAAAAAAUAAUUUGACAUCUAACGGAUAGCAUUAAGAAAAUGGGAAAAUAAGUGACGGGCUUGUUUUCGAAUUCAAAAUUCUGUCAUUGCAAUUGCUAAAGUUCACAUAAGACAACCGAAAUAAUCAAGUAAUUGUCCCAUGCGCAAUGGUAUUACCAUGAAGCUAAAUCUUGGUAGAGAUAUCAUCUUUUGUUGGAUUCUUUGUUAUUGUACAUAUUUUUGCAGCGGAUGAAAAUAAAUAUAUAUAUUUUGUAAAUCCAAUGUAGGUUUAUUUGUUC